AAUACAAAUGUGGCGUAACUGAUCCACAAUGAUAAAGUUGAAGUCAAUAUUCAAAUAAACUUAUACUAAACGCUUCAUGUAGCAGGUCAUAAAUGUUAAAAAAAACAGUGACAGAUAAAUAUAAACACAUGACCGCAAAGUCUAACGAUGGAAACGGUGCACGAGGAAUCGGAAUUACCAAACAUUCAAGUGACGAACCCGGAUCUCAAACAAAAACCUACCCAGAGCAACACAAAAGUUAAAAGUGUUCAAGACGCUUCGAUUAAGAACGAAAAUGGCGAUUCUGGUAAAAUGGCGGAGACCGACCCAGCCGCCCGAAGAAUCUCAUUUGACGGGAGGAACGAUGGCGGAUCCCAGGCCGACACAGAGCUUAGUGAAGUUUCUGAGUCGGAGGUCGGUUCACACACUGAAAUUGAAACAACUCACACUGAACUUGAGACAAAACACAGUGAAAAUGAGACAAUCGAUACCCAUACGACGCAGGCUCUCCAGGACACCGACGACCCAACUGUCGAAAUAGAGUCGCAGGAAAUCGCUGACGCCUUAGGACAGGUGCCACUCAGGUCUCUAUUGCUGGAACCCAUUCCGGAGCCAGACUACAGCGAUCUAUCCGACAGAGAGAAGCUGUUUCCUCGACCAGCAAUAUCGAAUCCCAAAGUAACGUACGAGCUGGCAUGCAAACAGCUGGGCGUUGUGCCCAUCAGUCAGUAUUUGCGGUCGCUGGAAACUAACGCGGAAGAUUUGCGGAUGCAGAGUUACGGGCUGGCGCGACUGGACAUGCUGCCUCUGUGUCACUCCCUGGCGUACAACACGACGGCAACCAGCCUGAACCUCAGUCAGAACCGACUGCUGGAGAACGUGCUGCCCAACAUCCAGGCCAUGAUGAACGACAACAGCUUCAUCGGCAGCAUCGACCUCAGCCGCAACAACCUGACCGGGCCGGGCCUGAAGAGCCUGCAGGUGAUGCUCAGCAACAACUACACGCUGACCUCUCUGAACCUGUCGCACUGCCGGCUGCUCGACUCGGACGCGCCGGCGCUGGCCGCCGUUAUCGAGAUCAGCCUGAACCUGCGCUCGCUCAGCCUGGCGCACAACGAGCUCUCCGAGUGCGGCAAGCUGCUGGGCGGCGUGCUGGCCGACAGCGAGGGCCUGGAGGCGCUCGACCUCUCAUGGAACACCUUCCGCUCCAAGUCGGCCAAGGAGCUGCUGCUCGGGCUGCGCAAAAACACCCGACUGCGCCGCCUGGAGCUGGCCUGGAACAGUCUCGGACCCGACACGGCCGUCGCCCUGCGCGACCUGCUCAAGAAGAACUCGGCCAUCAUCGAGCUGGACGUGUCGCACAACCGGCUGAGCGACAAUAACAUGAAGCCGAUCGGCCUCGGCCUGACCAAGAACCAGACACUGGAGAAGCUCUGGAUCGGACACAACCCCGUGACGCCGGUCGGCGCCCUGGCGCUGAUCAGGGCCUUGCCCAAGGCCAGCGUCAACCUGGUGGACUUGUCCGAGAUCGAGGUCAGCAGCGACUUCGUCAAACUGAAACAAGCUGAACCCAGAGGCGAUUACUGUGAUACACGGUACGGUAAACAAACAUGGUGCUCAUUGUACCCACGCCGAAAAAGAAGCGAGGCUGAGAAAGAUGCUGACUUACAUGGAAGUUACACAGUUUCAUAGUAAAUGGAACAAUGAAUAAGUAUGAAAGGGAGAUAAAGCUGUUAUGAAAUAAGAGGCCAGUUCAAUGGAUAUUUAGAACAAAAUGCUGUUUUCAAUACCGAGGCAUGCAGGCACGUUUUAUCCCGUGUACGAGUAAGUGAGAUAACUUGUUCAAUGUCUUUAUCUUUCUAACUAUAAAAAACUUAUCAACUUAUAAAAAAGAUCAAAAAUUAAAAGUUGGUUUUUUUCCCGAUAUAAACGACCUGAACACUUUUUUGAACUGCACUUCCUAGUUCCUACGAACACCACGG